AUGGAUGUCAUAGACUCCCUCAGUAGGAAGCAUGAAUAUGAGAUCAGUGAGGUUAAGAUUUCAGACAGUGGUGACUACUGGUGUCUGGCUACACAUAUUGAUCAGAAGAAGCAUUCUGAGUGGAGUGAUGCAGUCAGACUGACGGUGACAGAGAGACCUGUGGCUGUUCUGACCCUCCAACCCAACUGGCCCCACGUAUUCAGCGGAGAGACUAACAAACAUUUUAAUUGUGUCAUCUCCUUUAUAACAAAUAAACCCCAAGCUGUCCUGAGUGUCUCUCCUCAGUGGCUGAACCCUGGAGACUCAGUUACUCUGAGCUGUGGGGUUAAAGAGUCAUCUACAGGCUGGAGGUUCUUCUGGUACCGAACUGUUCCCUACAGAGCUGGGUUACCCUCCCUAUUGGACAGAUCCUACUCUGUAGAGCCUCUAUCUGGCAAUGGGACUACUGAAGACUCCUACACUCUGAUCCCUGCUGGUCCUAAUCACACAGGAGGAUAUGUGUGUACAGCUGGGAGAGGACACCCAGUCUAUUACACACUCUACAGUGAACCUCAGUUUCUCUGUGUGUCAGACCUGCAUCCUUCAGUGUCUCUCAGAAUAAGACCCAACAGAACUCAAUACUUUACAUCAAAGUCUCUCUCACUGAGCUGUGAGGAGAAGGGGAACUCUACUGGAUGGAGACUGAAGAGAUACAGAGAGAGAGGAGUGGAGUCAGGGUGUGGCUUUAACUGGGGAUCAAUGGCAGGGUCCACAUGUACCAUCAGGUCCACACUUGAAAAGGACAGUGGAGUGUACUGGUGUGAGUCUGCAUCAGGAGAGUACAGUAAUGCUGUCAACAUCACAGUGGAUGGUGGUGCUGUGAUCCUGGAGAGCCCUGCCUAUCCCAUGACUGAGGGAGACUCUGUGACUCUGCUCUGUACAAAUAGAUAUCAGGAAACAAACCCAAACCCCAAGGUUGAUUUCUACAAAGAUGGAGAACUCAUCAGGAAUGAGACCACAGGAGGGAUGACCAUCCCUGCAGUAUCCAAGUCAGAUGAAGGCUUCUAUAAGUAUACAUCUAAUGAAGGAGAAUCACCAGAGAGCUGGGUGACUGUGAGAGUUUUUCUGUGUUACUGUGAAGAGGCGUGA